AUGACCCACUACCAAGCCUUGUUACUGGAUGCAGCACGGGUUCAAUUUGGGCCCGUAGUCGCUCUCAAACCUGCCACCUUGCUUCCUCUACCAGAGGAGGCAGAACAGCAUGACUGCCUACAAAUCCUCGCAGAAGUACAUGGAACCAGGCCGGACCUAUCGGACCAGCCUCUUCAGAAUGCUGACCACACAUGGUACAUGGAUGGCAGCAGCUUCUUGGCAGAGGGAGAGCGAAAGGCUGGAGCUGCGGUCACUACGGAGGACAAAGUGAUUUGGGCGAAAGCCCUGCCUGCUGGUACCUCCGCACAACGGGCUGAACUCAUCGCCUUGACUCAGGCGCUCAAGAUGGCAAAAGGAUGGGUCGAAGCCUUCCCCACAAAGCACGAGACUGCAAAGAUGGUCACCAAGAAGCUCCUCGAGGAAAUCUUUCCCAGGUAUGGCAUGCCACAAGCGUUGGGGUCGGACAACGGACCCGCUUUCGUCUCCCAAGUAAGUCAGUUGGUGGCCAAAUUACUGGGGAUUGAUUGGAAAUCACAUUGUGCCUAUAGACCCCAGAGUUCAGGUCAGGCAGAACGCAUGAAUAGAACAAUUAAGGAGACUUUAUCCAAACUUACGCUUGCAACUGGCUCAAAGGACUGGGUGGCCCUCCUUCCCCUAGUUCUAUAUCGGGCCCGGAACACCCCGGGCCCCCAUGGUCUAACUCCCUUUGAAAUAAUGUAUGGAGCACCACCCCCAUUUGUCCAUUUCUUUGAUUCAAACAUUGCUGAUUUUGCUGACAGGCCUUCUCUGAGGGCCCAUCUACAGGCCCUACAGAUCGUGCAGAGAGACGUCUGGAAACCUCUGGCCGCUGCUUACCAGGACAAGCUUGAGCAUCCGGUGGUGCCACUCCCGUUCCAGAUUGGAGACACAGUGUGGGUGCGCAGAUACCAGACCAAGAAUCUCGAGCCACGGUGGAAAGGGCCCUACACCGUCCUCCUGACUACCCCGACCGCCCUAAAGGUAGACGGAAUCGCGGCUUGGAUCCACGCAUCACACGUCAAGGCAGUCCGGUCUGAGGAAUUGACUAAUCACAACACUACACCCCAGACAUGGAGAGUUCAGCGCACUCCAAACCCCUUAAAGUUAAAACUCCUACGUGGUUCUUCCUAG